AUGAUGAGAGGUUCGAAGCGUUUCGCUGUAUCAGAACCAAACCAGGCUAAUACCAACGAAACGACGUUUCGGAAUAAAAGAAUAAUGGAAGGAUCUCUCUUUGAUGUCCAUAGGGCCGAACCAUCCCAACAAUUGAUGGUGGCAACACCCCCAUUGGAUAUGAAACGGGCAGAGUCUUCCCAGCAGCAUGUGAGAGCUUUAAAUACCCAGUUUGCAAGCUGGGUUCAAACACAAUUAAAGAAUCACCCUGAUGAGCUUUGGGAAGAUGGUGUCAGAGAUUACUUAGAUCAUGCCACAGGCAUUAUGGAAAAAUUUAGUGAUGUUGUCAACUGGCUCAAAACAAAUGCCUCCAACAACCAACAACAACAACAACCAAGCCCUAUCCCAUUAAAUGGGGUUGGCCUCAAAGCAAAUGCCACCAAGGCAGAAAAUUCUACUUCUGGUGCUGGUGCCGGUGCUUCUUUUGCUGGGGCCACCAAGGUAGAAAAUUCUACUUCCGGUGCUGGUGCCGGUGCUUCUUUUGCUGGGAAAAUGUUUUUGCCCGAAGUAACAAACAAAGAAAAUAAGAUUUUUGGAGAAAAAACUGAAUCUCCUCCUGUCAAUACUACUACAAGUUUUGGUAGUUCCUGGAGCCCUGGAAUAUUUUCAAACAAUCAAAACAUCUUUGCAUUCGGAAAUCAAAGUUCCGCCCCUUCCAACUCCAAUCCUUCCAACUCCAAUCACAACGAGUCAGGUGAUGUGGAUGCUGAAAAUGACGAAGAGCAGCCCAGCAGCCCAUCAGUGAAGAAGUCAGAAGAGAAAGGUGUUACACUUGUACAUGAAGUGAAGUGCAAGCUUUAUGUGAAGUCAAGUGAUCCAACUGAUAAGGAUGUAUGGAAAGAUAAAGGAAUGGGCCAUCUGUCCAUUAAAUGCAAAGAGGGGGUUGCUAAGGCUACAAAAGAGUCCAAACCUACAAUCAUUGUUCGAAAUGAGGUAGGAAAAAUUCUUCUCAAUGCCUUGUUGUAUCCUGGAAUCAAGACAAGUGCACAAAAGAACUCUCUUGUUGCGAUAUUUCAUACUUCGGGUAAUGAUGAUGGUGGAGAUAAUGAUAGUGUUGUUGCACGAACGUUUUUGAUCCGGAUGAAAACAGAAGAUGAUCGAAAUAAACUGGCUUCAACAAUUCAAGAAUAUGCUCCAGUAUCUUGA